CCUUCCCUUUGCUUCCACUGAAACUGGCUAAAACCCUAUAGCAAGCUCAGAACACCCCCUGCAUUUCCUCAGAAGGAGGAAGACCAGAGAGAUCAAUGGCCACUUCUCUUUUAAUCAAAGCCUUAAAACCUAUGAAAACCCCUAACGUCCUCUCAACUCUCCGUUCCCUAAAUUUCACUUCCAUCGCCGCCGUCCACGACUCUCCAUGCGGCGGCCCAUCUUCAUCAUCCUUCACAUUCGACAACACCAACCACAGCAAAGAAAAAGACAAUAGCAGCAUCUACCUAAAGCCACCGACUUCGAAUUUGAAGCCCGAAACGACGACGUCGUCGUCGUCCGUGACGAUGCCGAUUUCUUUCAUGACUGGGUCGAUCGUUGGGAAGAGAUUUUAUAAGCAGGUGAGCACGAGAGAGUCUGAUGAUGGAGUUGGAUGGACGGUGAUGCUUGAUUAUCGAACUCUUAAGACGCCUUCCAAAAGGCCCCUUAAGUUGCCUACUUUGGCUCUUGCUAAGGCCAUUGCUGCUGAAUGGGAAUAUCAGCAAAUAGAUGGGAUCAGACCCUUUACGAUGCCACUGAUGAAACUUGCUUGCACGGCGUUGGAGAGAGUUCCACUUACACGGGUGAAGGUUAUUGAACAUUUGAUGAAGAAAUUUAAUCAAGACUUAGUAUUCUGUCGUGCUCCUGAGGAUAAUGCUCUGACGGUUGGUCUCCAUGCAAGGCAGGUUGAGAAAGUUGAUCCUUUACUUGAUUGGGUAGAAUCAGAAUUUGGCUUUAAGCCUAUUGUGUACUCCAGUUUUUUUGGUGGGAAGCAAGGGGACGGUCUCACAAAGGCUGUUGAAAACUUUCUAAAGGAGACAGAUGGCUGCGAAUUGGCAGCAAUUGAUGCCCUUGCAGCUGCGGCACACUCUUUAGUCAUUGCUCUAGGAAUUUUCCAUGGUAAAUUGCAGAUUGAGGAAGCAAUUGAGUUGAUUAGACUUGAGGAAGAUUUGCAGGUGGAUAAAUGGGGUCUGGUGGAAGGUGGGCAUGAUGUUGAUAUUGCUGAUCUCAAGGUACAAAUCUCAUCAGCUACUGUGUUCCUUGGUCUUUCAAGGAGAAACUCCUUUUCUGAUUGACGAGGUCUCGAGGCUAGUCAAACUUUUUAUUUUUCUUUUAUAGAUUUGUAUCUCUUAAUGUAACUUUCAUUAAUUUUUGUAAGAUUGAUGAUUUUACUAAAAUAAUGAAUAAUUGAAUGUGAAUGAGUUCGAUUGCCUUUC